UCGCGUCUACCACUCGAGUUGGAAAAAUCUGAACUCCAGCGUCAAGUCACGCCGCGACAACCAAUCAGGAGCCUGGUGACGUGGCUCUGACCUAGGUCAAAGGGGCAGGUCCAGCCAAAGCCCUUCAUUCUUCAUUCAAUAUGGAGGAAAGGCUCAUCAACGCGGUUGCUAACCACCCGGAGCUGUACGACACCAGCUGCUUUCUGUACCGAGACAGGAAUAUAAAGGACCGAGCUUGGAGGAAGAUAAGUGAGGAGAUCGGGCAACCUGAGGACAUCUGCAGGAGAAAGUGGAAGAAUCUCAGGGACACAUACAGCAAGGAGAAGAGGACAGAGAAGGAGAAGAGGAGUGGGUCUGCAGCAGGAUCGGGGAGGAGAUGGAAGUUCUUCGCGGUCAUGGGGUUUCUGGACCCCUUCCUCACCCCACGGGAGACUAGCGGCAAUAUGGUGCGGACCGUGGAGAACAUCCCCCCCGAGGACCAGGGACAGCCCGGAGAGGCAGCAGGGGAGUGUCAGUCAGAAGGAAACGGGGAGAAAGACAAUGCUGCCAUGGCAACCGGGAGUACACAUCCUGUCCGGAGCGGGGCAUCUCAACUGCUCUAAUGUGAAAUCCAGCUGCUGCAGCUGCACAGGACCUCUCUCUCUCUCCAUCCGGCUCACAUCAGGAAGUGCUUUCCAGAGAAACUCCCUGUGGACGUCAUAUGAGGGAGACCCGAGCUCCCAGUGUGUGUGUGUGUGUGUUUCCACCAUAAACACCUCACACACUCUGCAGGCUGCAGCUGAACCUGCAACUCGUUCCUGUCACCCUCAAUUUACACAGAGAGACAGCGCACACAUGUCUGGAGAUGAAUCUGUGCCAGCAGGAACGCCGGGGACUUCCUUUUAGGGACAGAGUCCCCACAAGCUAGAUUUAAGGCAUCAGGAAAUGAGUUCAAUCAGUGUGUGUGUUUCUUAUCACUGUAACAAGUUGUGAUCUUGAAUAACACACCUGUCCCUGAAGAGCUCAUCCUGUCAUCAUGGAGCUGAGACGAUGUCCAGAGGACGGUCGGCCAUAUUUGAAGUCCUCCUCUUCCUCCCUGACAGCAUCUGUCUGCAUAAUCCCAUCACUCCGUGUUUCACCGAUGUGUGCAGAGCUUUCAGGGCAACAAUAUGAUUUAUAUGAUAUAAUGUGACAUGAUGUUCUAAAUAAAGCAUCGCCAGCUCCACCGUCUCCCACCAUCACCUCCAUCUUUAAACCUUCUCUUUCACUCCUGAUACUCUCUUUACUCCACAACAGAGGAAUAUAUGAAAAGAUUAUUCCACAAUUCCCAGAAGCCAUGAUACAGAUAAUAACACUCUUUAACUG